CAACAAUAAACUCGCGAAUAAACUCGAAAUGGAGGUAGCCACGCAGAAUAACGAUCACUUAAGCAAACGCUGGACUCACUUGCGCAAAAUACUCGAACGAACGGGUCCGUUUUGCAAUCCGAAUUUCGCCGCUUCGUCAGAGACGCUAGAGUUUUUACUGAACACAUGCAAAAUAUUGGUUAUCGGUGCUGGCGGAUUAGGAUGUGAGCUGCUGAAGGACCUAGCACUAAUGGGAUUUCGAGAUAUUCAUGUGAUCGACAUGGAUACGAUUGAGUUAUCGAACUUGAACCGGCAAUUUUUGUUCCGCCGGACGGAUAUCGGCAUGUCGAAAGCGCAGUGUGCGGCUACAUUUAUCAAUGGGCGCGUCCCGGGGUGUGUCGUGACGCCGCACUUUUGCAAAAUUCAAGACUUUGAUUCGUCGUUUUACCGCCAAUUUCACAUAAUAGUGAGUGGUUUGGAUUCGAUCGUGGCCCGGCGGUGGAUCAAUGGGAUGCUUAUAUCGAUGUUGGAUUACAAGGAUGAUGGCACGGUGGAUGAAUCGUCGAUUAUUCCGCUGAUCGAUGGCGGCACCGAAGGGUUCAAAGGCAAUGCUCGCGUGAUACUGCCGGGAAUGUCAGCGUGCAUCGAUUGCACGCUGGAUUUAUUCCCGCCACAGGUAAACUACCCGCUGUGCACUAUCGCCAACAAGCCGAGGCUGCCGGAGCACUGUAUCGAGUAUGUGAAAAUUAUCCAAUGGCCCAAAGAAACCCCAUUUGGUGGAGAUGUUGCUUUAGACGGUGACGAUCCACACCAUGUAACCUGGGUGUAUGAGAAGGCCCAGGAGCGAGCCAAUAACUUCAACAUUACGGGACUAUCGUACCGGUUGGUGCAGGGAGUACUGAAGAAUAUCAUUCCUGCCGUUGCCAGUACGAAUGCCGUUAUAGCGGCAAGCUGUGCCACGGAAGUGUUUAAAAUAGCUUCCGGCUGCUGUGAAUCGUUGAACAACUAUAUGGUUUUUAAUGAUGUCGAUGGAAUUUACACGUACACUUAUGAAGCCGAAAGAAAACCGGAUUGUUUGGCAUGCAGUCAGAUUCCGCGAUCGGUGGAAAUAACGGAUCCAAACUCAAUGACUCUUCAAGAUCUUAUCCAGCAUCUGUGCGAUAGCCCCGAGCUACAAAUGAAAAGCCCCGGUCUGACCGCUCUGUUGGACGGCAAAAAUAAGACACUCUACAUGGGAACAGUAAAAAGUAUCCAAGAAGCUACUAAAGGCAACUUAACAUUAUCGCUUACGGAGCUCGGUUUGAAAGAAGGACAAGAGAUUAUGGUUGCCGAUAUUACCACACCGAAUACGAUCCUUAUUAAGCUAAAGUUUCCAGCAAACGAAGUGGAAAUGUCUUAAAGUGUUGAGAAACUCCCCUAAAACUGUUGCAAAAACAUUGACCGAAUAAAAAAAAAAUG